UUGCCGCGGAGGAACGCACCCCGGCUGACCAUGGAGUUCGACUGUGAGGGCGUGAGGCGGCUGCUAGGCAAGUACAAGUUCAGGGAUCUGACUGUAGAAGAGCUGAAGACUGUGAACGUGUCUUUCCCGCACUUCAAAUACUCCAUGGACACCUAUGUUUUCAAAGAUACUUCCCAAAAAGACCUGCUGAAUUUCACUGGUACGAUCCCUGUGAUGUAUCAGGGUAAGACAUACAACAUACCCAUUCGCUUCUGGAUUUUGGAUUCCCACCCUUUUGCUCCACCCAUUUGCUUCUUGAAGCCAACUGCAAACAUGGAAAUCUCAGUUGGAAAACAUGUGGAUGCCAAAGGCAGAAUAUACUUGCCCUAUCUCCAAAAUUGGAGCCAUCCCAAAUCUGCCAUAGUUGGAUUAAUUAAAGAAAUGAUCGCCAAGUUUCAAGAGGAACUUCCUCUCUAUUCUCUACCAUCGUCCAAUGAAGCGCAACAGGUGGACUUGCUGGCCUAUAUCGCACAAAUCACUGAAGGUGUCUCAGACAUAAAUUCAAGGGGCUGGACAAAUCAUGAGAAUAAAAUACCCAAUAAAAUCACUGUGGUUGGAAGUGGAGAUUUGGGUAUUGCUUGCACAUUGGCAAUUUCAGCAAAGGGCAUUGCAGACAAGCUGCUCCUGUUAGACCUCUCAGACGGGACUAGCCAAGGGACGAUGGACCUCGAUAUUUUCAACCUUCCUAAUGUAGAGAUCAGCAAAGAUUUGUCUGCCUCUGCUCAUUCCAAGGUGGUGAUCUUCACAGCCAACUCUUUGGGUGGUUCUGAAUCCUACCUGCAUGCAGUACAAAGCAAUGUGGACAUGUUCAGAGCUCUUGUUCCAGCUCUGGGACAUUAUAGUCAACAUGCUGUCUUGCUUGUUGCCUCUCAGCCAGUGGAGAUCAUGAGCUAUGUGACAUGGAGGCUGAGCGCAUUUCCUGCGACUAGAGUGGUUGGGAUUGGCUGCAAUCUGGACUCACAGAGGUUACAGUACAUAAUCACAAGGGUUUUGAAGGCGCAGACUUCAGGCAAAGAAGUGUGGGUUGUUGGUGAACAGGGAGAAAGCAAAGUGUGCUCAUGGAGUGGCCAAGAUGGAGUGAUGAGUCCCAGCUCUCAGGCACAGCUAUCCAACAGAGCCAUGGAACUGUUGAAGGUAAAAAGUCAGAGAUCUUGGUCUGUUGGACUGUCGGUGGCUGACCUGGUGGAUACUAUUAUAAACAAUAAAAAGAAAGUGCAUUCUGUAUCAACUUUAGCAAAGGGAUAUUAUGGUUUAGAUAAUGAAGUAUUUUUAAGUUUGCCGUGCAUCCUGGGAACCAGUGGGGUAUUUGAAGUCAUCAAAACCACAGCAGAAGACACAGUGACCGAGACACUCCAGUCCAGUGCAUCCUCGAUCCAUGGUCUCCAGCAGCAGCUGAAACUGUGAUUCCCAAGCACAGUCACCUGGAGAGGGGAAGUUUAUUUAAUUUGCCAACACACAUUGUUUUGAGAACUUCCACAACUUACUAUUUAUUCUUAAAAACAGCCUUUUUAAAUAGUAGAAGGGGCUGGGCAGUGGUGGCACACGCCUU